AUCUAGCACGCCGUGUUUCCCGCGCUUAACCACAGAAUAAAAAGUAUAAUAAACCGUGUUCCCGCGAAAAAGCAUAGGCAAAAACAUGCGGUUGGCAUUGCUCUUAGCGCUAUGCUGUGUCUUUGCCACGGCGCAAGGACAGGAAGAGACUUGCAGGUCUGCGGAUGAAGACCCAUAUCUACUCUUUGGAACGAAGACCGCUUACACCUUCGCGAAUAAAGGCAUUCCUGUGACCAAACUUCAUGAUGUUCCUGGCUGCCAACCAAUCGCGAUUUGGAUGCUCAACCGCCACGGCUCCCACAACCCCGAGGCGGACGAGUUGGCAGACUUGCAGAAACUUGUCCUUUUCAAAAACAACGUCAUCAUCAACUACAGGAAUGGCAACUUCAGGAACACGAAUCUCCGAAUGUGCAUGUCGGACGUGAAUAUGCUUGAGCGAUGGGAAUGGAACUCCAGACAAAACAUCACCUUUGCGGGAGACCUGACGAGUGACGGCUACAUUUCCACCCAGCAGCUCGCGCAAGCUUGGAAGCAGAAGUUCCCUGGACUCCUGACUGAUAAUGUCCAUGAUUAUCUGUUCAAAUACGUAAACGACCAGCGUUCAAGUACCACUUUCCGGGCUUUCACAGAAGGUCUGUUCAGAGCUCAGGCGGAUAACAUCGACAUAUCGAAAGAAAGCGAUGAGAAAUUACUACGGCCAUACAAAUUCUGUCCAUCUUGGAACGCUGAUGUCGAGGAGAACGCGGAAACAUUGACACAGCAGCGCACUUUUGAGUCAAAACAGGAGUUUAAAGAUAUGAUAAGCAACAUCUCCCGUCGGCUGGGCUUCAACUAUGACAUCGAAAGGGAGGUCCUACACAGCAUGUAUGAAAUGUGCCGCUACAACAAAGCUUGGUCGGUCACACAGAUCUCGCCUUGGUGUGCUGUGUUUACCAAAGAAGAUUUGAAACGUUUGGAGUACUCUGAAGAUUUAAUGACGUAUUACAAAUAUGGCUACGGCUCGCCCAAGAACCAAGAAAUAGGUUGCACUGGUGUCAAGGAUAUGAUGGAAUUCUUUAAGACCCACGUGGACAAUGAAAAACCCCAACAACCUCGCGCCAUCGUCCACUUCACGGAGGCACAAAUGCUGUUGCUGACGCUGCAAGCACUGGGGGCUCGUCGGGACACCGCACCGCUCACUGGAGACAAUUACCACACAGCCGUCGCGCAAAGUCGCAAAUGGAGUUCUUCCGCCAUGUCGCCAUUUAACGCCAACCUCGCUGCUGUGCUAUACAAGUGCACACCAAACAGCAACUUCCAGAUCAACGAUCCAUACCAGGUGCUCUUCUUAGAAAACGAGAGGCCCCUAUAUUUGGAGGAAUGUAGAGUUGGACUUUGCAACUGGACAUUCGUAAAGAACCGCUUCGGACUUAUCGCUGAUAACUGCAAUCUCAACUUCUGCAAUGGAGCCCCGAAAGUACAAGGUAUCCUUGGCUUCAGUUUAGCUUUAAUAGUUCUUACCAAAGUAAUUUAUUAGAUUAUGUUAUUUGAUUCUCUAUAAAUCAUGUCCUUCGUUGGCAAUCUUUAAUUCAAAUCAAUCCUUGUAAUUUUCAAUUAUUCUGUAGUGAGUAUGAAGUACGUACUUCUAAAGUAUAUAAUGAUGCUAAUUUAAUUGUUCGCAAAUCUCUGAAAACACUCAAUUGAUAAGUGUAAAAAUAAUCCUACCCUUUUAGCGCAGCUGUCAAAUUCAUUAUCGUCAGUUGUAAAAGUCAAUUUAGUUUUAUUUAGAAUUUUGUGUACAACCAAACUAUCACUAUUAUUUAAUUUAGUGCGUCUGUUGGGAUGUUAACUAGAUAAGGCAGAUAAUUCAAAAUGGAACAAGCCUUCUACAAUUAUACGGGUUAUGAAAAGUUAGUGCUUGUAUGCCUAAUAUGUAAAAUAAAAUAAAAUGUCAUAUAGCGCUUAUGAGGUCAUGUAGGUACACAAAUCUCUAAAGAAAAUUUAAUUUACAGUCUUAAAUUAGUCCUUUAUUCAGAGAACGAUAGAUUCAUGUAAAAUUCGUUCAUCUAUGAGAUUAGGGUACAACCGAUUUAGCAGCAUUAACCAUAAAAGUUUACGUCAAAAAUUAUUUAUUUCCGGAUGUUUUUAGAUUGGAAUGUCAUGUUUUUCCCGCGAUCAAAACAUCAUUGUGUAGUUGGCAUGAUUUUGUAAUAAAAACCAGUGUAUAAAUUACAAUAAGCUGAUUAUGAAAUUACUUUAAACUUCACCUAACAAGCAUAACUAAACAAUCCCACUUCUAAUUUAGCUGUUCACCUACACAUAUAUAUAUUAUAUAUCAAAUUGGCAGUUUUUUCCCUCAGAAAAUUUUAUUUUUCCACAAGUAAACCAUAGCAUAAUUCUAACACCUGUCAAUUUAGUUUCCUUUAGACAUUUGGGUAGGUAUAACCAAGUUAGCACCAGCCACCUAUACAAAUCUUAUUAUAAUUAUUACCUAGCUUCGUUUCGUACAAAUAUCUACCUACAUAAGAAUCUUAAGAAGGAUUACCUUAGCUAUUUACCUAUUAUGUGUAUUUUGUAAAGUUUUUAACUUUCAGUUGUUUGUUUUUUUUUAAUGUUGUGAUUAAUAGUUUACUUAAAUAAGUUUUAGAAAUUGGUGCUCUACAUAAUCUCUAAAAUCAAAAUGACAGGUGUCAAAAUCGUGUUUUCCUUUUUUAUGGUAAACAUUGUGAAAACGACAGCACUUCUCUUAGACCUGUCAAUUAAGAUUCAUUUAGAGAUUUAAAUACUUUGGUAAAACAUAAUUCGUACCAGUAUGAAUAUAAAUUGAUUUACGAACAUACCAUUUAUUGAUUGCUUUAUACCUAAGUUUUGACUUUUUGUUAAGAUUUUAUUUUAAACCUGUUAACAAUUAUUAUGCAUUGUUUAAAGGCCUUUAUUUUAGUGUUAUGUACAAAUAAUUAUUAAGAAGAGAAUGAGUUUAUAAAUAAUAUUUUUUCCUCCAUCUACAAAAUGUUUAAGCCACGUUAAAACACUAAAACUUAGUUUUCGUUAUUGUUUGCCAAUAUCUUUUGCGAAUAUGCUUGGCACGCUUGUUGCACAUAGCAUGCUUAGAUACAAAUUGGCGAGUGAUUGGCGCAGUGGGCAGCGACUCUGCUUUCUGAGUCCAAGGCUGUGGGUUCCAAUUCCACAACUGGAAAAAUGUUUAUGUGAAGUAGGUACAUU